CCGAUGAACCUGGAACUGAAAGUAAAUUAACCUGUUUAAUCAGUCAAGGUUCAACAUGAGGCUCCAGGCUGAGUCCUGAUCCUGGACUUCAUGACCCAGAACUGAUCCAGAUCCUCCAUCCACAGGAACAUGACGUCAGAGUCCAGAUGCCCCCCCCGGAGAUUUGCUGACGCCUCAGCUUCACCUGGGCGCGAGGAGGAUGCGGGCGUCUCUGUUUGUGUUGCAGUGCCUCGUGUUGUCCACCGGGGGUCUCCCUCUCCCUCCCUGUUCUGUAUCUGUACCGGUUCAUGUGAUGGAGGACCGGAGGAGGACCAGAGGAGGUCGCAGAGCUUUGAACCGGUCGUAAUGAAUCCGUUUGACGGCUCCGCUUCUCCACGCCGGGAGGAGACAGACGGCGGGGACAGCCGGUGUCCGUGGUCCCGCUUCUCCUCCUGGCUGGAGUGUGUGUGCGUUGUUACCUUCGACCUAGAGAUUGGGCAAGCCAUAGAGCUGGUUUAUCCUCCAGAUGUGAAACUCACAGAGAAGGAGAAAACCAGCAUCUGCUACCUGUCCUUCCCUGACUCGUACUCAGGAUGCCUCGGGGACACUCAGUUCAGCUUCAGGUUACGUCAGUCGGUCGGUCGCAGAGCUUUGAAAUUCAGAGACGACGUCUAUAACCAAGACGCUCCCGUCACUCUGCAGAGAGAAGUGUCACAUUUCUUCGGUUACGUCUAUUUCAGACAAGUGAAGGACGUCUCAGUAAAGAGAGGAUACUUCCAGAAGUCCCUGGUGUUGGUGUCCAGGUUGCCGUACACUCACCUCUUCCACUCGCUGCUGCAGAUCAUUGCACCUGAGUUCUUUGAGAAGCUAGAGCCCUGCCUGGAAGCAGUUUGUAACGAGAUCGACCAAUGGCCUUCACCCGUGCCUGGCCUGACACUCAACCUGCCUGUGAUGGGCGUGGUCUUACAGGUGAGGAUUCCUUCAAAAACCGACAAACCAGGAGGAAGUCCAGUCAAACAGGUGGCUAAAGAGAACCUCCUGCCGGCUCCGACUCUGCUGCCGACAAUCCACGAACUCGACCUGUUCAAGUGUUUCCAGUCAGUGCUGAUCCACCUGCAGAUGCUCUGGGAGCUUGUGUUACUCGGGGAACCGGUGGUUGUCAUGGCGCCGUCUCCCACCAUUUCCUCGGAAACCGUGCUGGCUCUGGUCAGCUCCAUCAAUCCUCUGAAGUUCUGCUGCGACUUUCGUCCUUAUUUCACCAUCCACGACAGUGAGUUCAGAGAGUACACCACCAGGACACAGGCCCCACCUAAUGUGGUUCUGGGAGUCACCAACCCGUUCUUCAUUAAGACUUUUCAGUCGUGGCCUCACAUCAUCAGAAUGGGAGAGAUCAGGAUGGCAGGUGAUUUACCCAAACAGGUGAAGGUGAAGAAACUGUCCAAACUGAAAACACUUGACACUAAACCAGGGAUCUACACGGCAUACAAGACAUUUCUACACAAAGACAAGAUUCUGAUUAAACGACUGUUGAAGGGGAUUCAGAGGAAGAGACCAUCAGAGGUUCAGAGCGCCAUCCUGAGGAGACACCUGUUAGAGCUCACCCAGAGCUUCAUCAUCCCUCUGGAGCGGUACAUGGCGAGCCUGAUGCCUCUGCAGAGAUCUGUGACGCCCUGGAAGACUCCUCCUCAGAUUCGACCCUUCAGUCAGGACGAGUUCAUGUCCACUCUGGAUCACACCGGCCCUCAGCUCACCUCAGUGCUCAAAGGUGAUUGGAUGGGACUGUACAGGAAGUUCUUCAGGUCUCCGAACUUUGAUGGUUGGUAUCGUCAGCGACACAAAGAGAUGACUCAGAAACUGGAGAGUCUUCACCUGGAGGUCAUCUGUGAUGCCGACCUGCUCAGUUGGACUAAAGACAAGUCUGAGGUGGAAAUUGUGGAUCUGAUUCUCAAGCUCAGAGAGAAACUGAUUAAAGCUCGCAGGCAGCAGCUGCAGGUAAAGGACGGAGUUUUGGACAAAUUGGACACUUUUAUAAACUCGAUCAUCAGGUCACUUCCUGAGGACCUGCAGACUGUACUGAACACACACUGAACACACACACACACACAGACUGUGUGUCUUUAGAUCAGACUCAUCUUUGCUUUAGCAGCUUUCAGGGCUGAACUUCAUGAUGCCUUCUUUGACUUCAGAUUAAAUGUCACAGCUGCUGUUAGUUGUUUAGAUGAAUCUGGAUGUUUCUAUUUGGUAAAUAUCAGGGCAGCUGUCAGACGUCUGAGGUUUAAGAAUAAAACUCAAAGUCAAAAUGUUACGAUAAAAAAAUUGGAACUUUAAAACCUUUAAGACUGUUCUCAUCAUAACGUUAUGAUGGUUAAAGUCUUAACAAUACAGUUACUGUUCAAAGAUAAAAAUAUGAAACUUCUUCAACUUCAACAAGUGAAACUUUAUUCUCAGUAAAAGACUUUUAUGAUUUAACUUCUCAGAUAAUUAAACUGAAUUUCCAGAAUAAAAUGUCCUUUUCUUCCAUAACCUCACUUACUAGAGAUGAACUGAUAUUUUUCUACUAGUGAGUCGCAGCUGAAAUCUACAGACUCUGACUGGGCUCAGUGAAUGUAACACUAACAACAACAAUAAUAAUGACGUGUUUACCUUUUUGUUGUGUUUGUCCUGAAUUGUCUGUAAAUAUGUAGUUUUCAGAAGUAAAACCUGAGUCAUGUUCA